GUGGCUUCGAUUUUGGCACGGCGUGUCGCCAUCGAGCUGUCGGAUUCGGAAUCCUCGGAGAGCGAAGAUGAUAGUGAGGGCUGGGAGGAAGCGAAUGAAACGUCCGCAUGACAUCAGGAGAACGUGACCGCAGGCGGUGGUGGAAAGAAAAAGUAGAACGCGCUGCGGUGGUUCCCUCUCCCGGGUCGGGAUUAGGGAACGGUGGAACGAGCCCUGUGUGGAGACAGAACGUUGGUAGCGUUGGUGCUGGUGGUAGAUAUUCGAGACGCGUUGCGAGCCAAAAAGCAAGGAGGAAGGAUGAACGUUUUCAGGAUUUUCUACAAGGAUUACACGGAGAGCGUAGGAGUCCCAUGGGAGUGCAGGUGCGUGCUGGUGCAUGGGUGUGUUAUGUGGCCAACAAGAAAGCGGAAUACUGGUAGAUCCGAGAUUAAUAAUGCUACAAUGCUUAGGUUUGUUAAUUUGUACAAAAAUUACGUUCUUAUUUUCAUUAUUUAUAAACGCACGCGCAUGCUGCUGGGACUUACCGAAGAUCCAAAGGCGUGAGGCUUGCGUACUGAUUGUUGUUGAUGAAUAUUCAGUAUAGGAUGCCUAGAUACUGUAUAGGCUAUUUGUCUAAGUUUCCUUUUAUGUUUCCUCUCAAAUGUUUCGUAUUGAAAGUAUGAAUAAUCCAUUUCCAUUACCACAUAGGCGCCAACCCGGAAGGAACGGGAGGAACGGAAAUGUAUAGCCAAAACCCAUUUUUAUAUGAUCCUAUCUCCCCCUUAUAACCGAUAGCUGGUACCAAGUGAAGUCAAAAAAGAAAUCAAAAACCCACAAUACGCGAUAAAACUACGCCAAACGCUAGUAGCAAAGCAAGUAAAGCACAGCAAGUAAGGCAAAACAUAACCAAGCCCACAGACAAAAGUGGAGCAUAAUACGCUAGCAUCAAUGUAGUGACGUUGCCGUUUAUAUUGAAAAGUCGUUUAUAUAGCAUCUUAGCGCAAACUGAAGGCACACAAGUAGAAUAUUCGCUGUGCAUUUGGAUGCGGCUGUGGUAAACGAACAGUACGUGGAACCAUACUGGAAUUGCUCGUCCGAAGGUAGAGCAAAUGCAUUUUGGUAGGAAAAGAUAGGGAACAGUUUUGUGCGUUCUUACUUUAUUUAUUGAACACGGGGAGAAUCGUAAAGGCGCCAUGCAUUUCUCGUGCAUUUUGCCUAGAGCAUGCCGUGCCUGUGCCGCAGCCACAACACCAAGUUUAGCGUAACUGGCUUGGCUUUUCACUCUACAUCCUUAUGAAUUCGCGAAUGUGACAUGGCAGAAGAUUACAUCCUAACACACUGCUACACGAAACAACGAUGAUGCUACGCUUGUUUGCUUUAACAUAUUUGUUACGCGCGGGAUUAGAAGAAUGAGGGAAAUGGAAAAGAAAAGACAAUUUAAUGUUAUGACACAUCGGUGAGAAUGAAUUCAGAAUGAAAAACUCCGUAGAAAUUAAGGAUAAAACAUGAAACGUUUCGCUCAAAAUUUUGCCAAUAAGCUCGUCUGUUUGUUGUCGGCCCAGCAUUCGACCGAAUCGCAGAACGAAAACCGCGAUCUGCUAAGCAUUCUGAAGUUCGAUCGAAUUUUCAAAAGCGCUGAUAGACAAAACUCCUUCUUCUACUAACUCAAGUAAUUGAAUCUACAAACGCAUCCGCUAUGAUGUGGUAGCGAGGAACGAUUGUUUGGCCACUGAGCCGAUUAUCUUUUUUGUUGCUGCCUAUAAUAAUGCUCAAACUGUUUGGCGCUUAAACAUUGCUUCCGCGACGCAAAUGUCCUAGUCUUAUCGUCUUUCUUGCUUAGCUUAAUGAAACAUGCAGUUCCAGGUCGUGCAUCAACCGCGAGAGCUCUUAGACAGUCGUUACCGCUUCGCCGAUCGACUCCGCAAAACACUGGUCCAUUCAAUGGAUACACACGUUAAUCAAUCAAAACCAAUAACCUAUUCGACAAAACCCACAUAACUAUCAGUCUCUCUCUCUCCCUUGGACAGUACACUACCAAACCGCGUAAAGCGAUAGCCAAAAACAAAUGCAACUACAAAUGAUGAUACAAAAAAGAAACAAGCAAAAACUAUGACAAAUUAUAUGGAAAACAGUGACGCAAUUAGCAUGGAGGAACUCGAAUAGAAUCGACACAACUCAAAGUCAAAUGAACUCUAGAUAGUUAACCAAGUAACAAUGCAACCAAUUUCUUCCCCCCGGGUGUUUUCAUGGCGUGUGGCGGAUGAGCAGUUCACAGUCACAGUGUAAUAAUUGGUGCGCGACUGUUGGACUACAAUAUAAACUCUACACACCAAGAAACCACUUAGCAUGAUAGGGAUAUUAGGAAGCCGCUAAGCGCAUUAAGUAUCUGUAUGGUCGUCGGGAAGAUAGGUGAAAAAAGACACAAAAAACACAGAGAAUCCACGCAGCAGCCUUUGAUAUUAGAUCGACCGUUCAAGCCCGAGUAGUGUACAGCGAUCAACACACUUAAUGAUGAUAAAUGGUCACGAUCACCAACAAGUGCUGGUGCGAGGAUUGCGGGCAAACGCGAAAGUAUGGAGUCUACAUAACAAAUCCAAAGGAGCAAGCUCGUUUGUAUAUCUAGUUCUUCUUUUUUUUAGAAUAUCAAAUCCUUAUUCCAUCAUACCUAUGCGUAUGCACCACCCCCCCUUGGCAUACCGUGAUGCUGCGUACUAUUCUAAAAUACUAGUUUAACCGAAUAGAAGCAGGAGAAGCCACACCACACUUGGUUCUGUAAAUGUAAUGGCUUAGUUUUCCAAUCCAUUUACUCUACUAUAAGGUUCAUUUAUGGGAAUUUAGUUUACGGCGUUACCUCUUUAAGAUCGUCUCCUCUCUUAAGCGCAUACCUCUCUUUGUACAUUAUACUUAUUUCAUCUUUUCCCUUCGAGGUACGAACCGUCAACGGGGAGGAGAAGUUAGGGAUGACAAAAAGUAAGAAAUUGUGAGGAUCGUGAACAUAUUAGGAAAAGCAUGAAAUGAAAGUGCAACAUCCAUUGGUUUAAUAGCAGAGAAAUUCAACAAGAAAGAAUGCAGAACAAAACACACACUAAAACACAAAAUGGAUAAUGAAAAAUCAUAUUAGACAGCCUACUAAUCGAGAAAAUAAAGUGAAACUUGCAGAAAAAUCAUAGAAA